AUGUCGCGUUCAUGGUCCCAUAUCGACCUUUCGCAACCUCUGACCCCUCCUGCGAUGCCCAGCCCUGCGACCAACCGGAUAGAACACGGAAUGGAUCGAGCGCGAAGGCCUUCACAAGUUGGCGAGUUUAUCGAAAGGCUCAGUUUCAAGCUCCAUCGGCUGUUUGGUAACCGCAAAGGCUCGACUGGAGAUGCAAGCCCGUCACGCGACUCUACUGGCAGACGUAGCUCAAGUACAUCUCUCAACCUGCAUGGUCCAGCACCAAACCUCGAAUGCCAUCCUGAACAUCCGACAUGGAAUGGACAAUCCCGGCUACCGAAUGUAAGCGAGUACUUUGACGCAAUCGGAGAGGUUGGCCCCAGUUCCUUUUACAACACUGCUGACUGGGUUGCCUUCCAGGAGACCUUCCAGGCAGGACUACACAGCCCAACAAUGCCCAACGGCAAUCGGGAUCAGGAUAGUCAGAAUAUCGCUGGAAUAUGCGGCAGUCAGGACUUUGAGUUUGAGCCUCGAAUGCGCAAGGACUCGCACUUUAGUUUCAGUGACAUUCUGAAAUCGCGACGGCCAAGCAAGGACAAAGGAAAGGGGCGCAUGGUCAUGGGUGAGGCAGCUAGAAGUCCACAGGAAGAAGCGCCGCUCUUAUCUGGCCGUGAGCCAUUGGUGGUGACGGCACCUUGUCUUGCCCAGAUUGGUGUUCUUCCGCGUGUCUCAACAGAGGCCGUCUCGCCUCUCACGCCUAAAGAAACGCAAGACAUCCCACAGGCAGAAUUCACUAGCUUGGAACAUCACCCAUUUUCGUCAACACAAACUGAAGAGGGGAGGCGGAACACGAACAAGACUACAGUGCGACAAAUCAGUCCUUGCCACGCUAUAUCGCCGUUUCUUUGGCUACAAGAACACAGUGCUUCUCCAGCAUCAUCGGUUUCUAGCGUGGACAUUCCGCUAGCUUCCAUCAGGCCUGAAAUGUCACGUCGAAUUGCGCAGGCAAUUGCGCCACGACCAGCCAGCGACUCAUCAGUGACGGACAGCAAAGGACAUUCGGUGCCUAUUCUUAUUCCAUCCAACCACAGCAGCCGUCGGUCGUCGAGCGUCAUACAUGGCUCAGCAAGAAUGACGACGCACCUCCUUUCUCCAACACCGAGCGAGACUUCUCUGCCAUCCUCGACAAGUUCAUCGUCAGCCAGCCUAGUUCAACGCGAUGACCAGACCGACACCAUUCCGUCAACACCGUCUCUCCAGCCCGCGCUAGCCUCAUCGCCACUUACCAUGCAAAUGCUGAGUCUCGGGCCUCCGAAACACGACGUGCAUUCGCCAUGGGAAUCAAGCGAAGACAUGUUCCGCAUGUCAUGCGAGUCGCUCGACACGGGCACCGGCUCCCUUGAUCUGUGUUCUCUGCCCAGUCCCGCUAUUAGCGCCGGACUGGGUGGUAGUAGCAACAUUAAGCAUAUCAAAGCACAAGAAGAAGAAGAAGAAGAUCAGCCGGAUUUCAGCAUUACGCAUCCCGCACCCCUGGCGUCUGUGCAAGCGAACAGCAGCCAAGACGCGCACGGAAUGGUUACCAAGGAAGGGAUGAGCAAGGGGGGAAAAGGGGGGUCUAGAUGGGGUGAAGCUAGGGCGAGCACGUGUCUGGAAGAGACACGUUGGUGGGAGGAUGCGGAUGAAGAGGAGCGUGAGCGGCUGUACAUGUAG